AUGCCUCUCGACAAGCAAAAGGCCCUGCUGUUCGGCAUCGCCGCAGCCCUGCGCCUGUUCCUCUUCGUCGCCUUUCCCUCGCUUCCCGACCUGCUUACCGAUCGCGUCGAGAUCUCCACUCCCGUCACCAGCUUCAAGCGCCUACAGGAGGGUCUAUUCCUCUACAAGCACAAUGUGUCCCCCUACGAUGGUGGUGUCUUCCAUCAGGCCCCGUUGCUGCUCCCGCUGUUCUCCCUACUACCUGACAUCUACGCCUUCCCGCUGGCCACGAACCUGAUAUACAUUGCUGUGGACUUGCUCAGCGCCAAUGCCCUGAUGCGCAUCGCCGAAACGGGCGAGAAUGUGUCGUCGCGUCUCUUUACCUCGCCGCGGAAAGACCUCCGCUGGGGUAGCUUGGCAGUUGCUGCUGGCUACCUCUUCAAUCCCUUCAUUAUCGCGACCAUGCUUGGCCGCCCGACCUCCGCCAUCACGUCGCUGCUCCUCUUGACCUCGAUAGCGAGCGCCGCCCGCGGCCGACCCUUCACCUUCGUCCUCGCCAUAUCGCUUGCGUCGUACCUGUCUCUAUAUCCGCUGCUGCUGUUCCCGCCGCUGCUCCUCUUGUGCUAUGACGCCGAAAGCCGCCGCGCGAAGCCGAACGACGCGCCCAAUCCGCUGGUCUUUACGCUUUUCCACACCACGGACUUGGCAUUUACAAUCGGGGCGUUGCUGGUCUUGUCUCGUCUGCUCAUGGGCAGCUGGGAAUUCAUCCCGUCGACCUACGGCACGCACCUUUUGCUGCCUGACCUGACGCCAAACGUGGGGCUGUGGUGGUACUUUUUCAUUGAAAUGUUCGACUCGUUCAGAGAGUUCUUCUUGGGCGUCUUCUGGCUCCACAUGUCCGCCUACGUUGGUGGGCUGAGUUUCCGCAUCCGCAGCCAGCCGCUGUUUGUCGUGGUUGCGUUGCUCGGUAUCUUUGCCGUCUUCAUGCCCUACCCCAGCAUUGCGGAGACCGGACUGUUCCUGAGUCUGCUCCCUCUCUACAUCCAUGUCUUUCCGCUUACACGCUAUGUUUUCCUUGCAUGCGCAACAUUGCUGUACGCCAGUUUCCUGGGACCAGCAUUCUACUACCUCUGGAUCUACGCUGGCUCGGGCAACGCCAACUUUUUCUACGCCAUCACGCUCGUCUGGAGCUUGGGCUUGACCCUGAUUGUCGCAGACGUCAUAUUUGCAGUGCUUCGGGACGAGUGGGAGGCAGAGCGCCCUGAGAUGAAGGGUAAGGAAGUUCGACAAAUUUAG